AUGAUUCGGAGAAAGGCAGAAUUCUUGAUUGGCUGUGUCUUCGUGGUAACCAUGGUUGGGAGCGUCAAUGGCGGUUGGAAUUCGCUGGCCAAGUUGGUGGAUAAUGGUUACGACAACGUGCUGGUUGCUAUCAACGGACACGUACCUGAGAAUCUGGAGAUCAUUGACAAUCUGAAGGAAGCCUUUACGGAAGCAUCUGACUACCUCUACCGCGCUACAAGACAACGAGCUUUCUUCCGAAAGGUGGAUUUUUUGAUACCCACGACGUGGCAGGACAGACCAGAGUAUGAAGCUGUUACCGUGGAAAGGUUUUCACGCGCCGACUACCGAGUGGAAGAAGCCAACCCUGUGUGGGGAGAUAAUCCUUAUACAGUCCAAUACGGCGAAUGUGGCACUCCGGGAAAAUAUGUUCACCUGACCCCGUGGUUUGUAUUGGAUCCUGAUAAUAUAGUGGAAUAUUACUGGGGGAAUAAAGGUCGUGUUUUAAUUCAUGAAUGGGGACAUCAACGUUAUGGCCUUUUCGAUGAAUAUGGUCAACCCGACGAAGACUAUCCCGACUAUUACAUCGAUAGCAGUGGGACACUGCUGCCAACCGCCUGCAUGAAGGACCCCGUAGGAUGGAACCUGAACAAAAACACGUACAAACCAUGCAGAAAGAACAAGAAGACUGGUCUUUAUGGGAAAGAUUGCGUCUUCUAUCCUAACUUAAAUAAAAAUACGAUGCCAGCGUCGAUUAUGUUUAUGCAGUUUCUAGAAUCGGUGGACAAGUACUGCGAUGAUAGCACGCAUAACAGGGAAGCACCAAACAAACACAACGCUAUAUGCCAAGGACAGUCAACAUGGAGUGUAAUCUUGCAGCACCCUGACUGGGUUGAUAACGAGCCUGCCGAUGUACCUUCCACCAUCCCGUCAUUCAGACUUCUGUAUCCACGAUAUAGGAAGAUUGUACUUGUAUUAGACGUGUCUGGGAGUAUGUCAUUGAAAUCCAGGAUUACAAAACUACGACAGGCGGUGUAUACAUUCAUCAUGGACGAAAUCAGCCUUGGGAUAGACGUUGGCUGUGUAACAUUCAGUGACACGGCAACUAUUAUAAGUUGGUUAACGCCGAUAAACAGUGAUGAAGACAGGGAAGAAUUCUUGGCAUUGGUUAUGCCAACGCUAAAUGCAGAUGGAAAUACAGCCAUUGGUUCAGGACUUCUGACUGGUUUGCAGGUGUUGUCACAAAACCAAACAGAAUCCGUUGAGGGGAGUAUUAUGUUCCUUGUAACUGAUGGACAAGAAAAUGUCCCACCUUAUAUCGAUGAUGUGACUGAUAACAUCAUCGAGUCUGGUGUGGUUGUGGAUACUCUUGCUUGGGGAGUCUUUGCAGAGGAGAAACUGGAGACAAUUGCUUCUGGCACCAAAGGGUCUUCUUAUUAUUAUUCUGAACAAACACAAAGUAAUGCACAUGUUGAAGCAUUCAUGGAAGUUGCAUCAUCAUCAUCUUCUGAUUCGGAAAACGAUGUACCAGCACUUCUGACAAGUUUUGGACUAGAACUAGCGAGUGAAGUAACAUUCACUGAUAGUUUUUACAUUGACGAAUCCAUUGGUGCCAAUACACGUGUCACUGUGACAUGGGCUAGAGAUGAGAAUAAAACUCCUGUGGUUGUCAUGGUAACAUCCCCAGAUGAUGUCGUUAUUGAUGAGCUCUCACCUGAAUACGUUCGCGAUAAGGCAAUUGGUAGAAUCUCUAUCAAAUUACAAGGUAUUGCUAAGAUCGGACUUUGGAAAUACACAAUAUUCAACCCAACAUCGGCACCCCAUGAACUGACACUGUCAAUUUCAUCCGGGUCCCGAGAUGGGAGCGGUGCCAUCACACUGACGUCAUGGAGUGGCAGUGAAAAGGUGGAUUUCCCUUCGUUCCAAUAUAUUUACGCUGAGCUUAAGAAAGGGACUGUUCCUGUUACUGGGUUGACAGGCGUCAUCGCUCAUGUUGACCGCCCUCGCACUGAACCUCUAGAAGUUGUACUCAGAGAUAACGGCGCAGGUGCUGAUGUAAAUAAAUUUGAUGGAAUUUAUUCUGGAAGUUUUGUUGGUUUCUCGAGAGAUGGAAGAUACAGUUUUCACGUAUCGGUAAAGACUGUUGGAAACGCCAACAAUGAUUACACUCGCACAGGGUCCGGCGCAAGGACUAUAAAUGACACUAAAGCCGAACGUGACUUUGAACAGAUGUUGAACUUAGAAUCAGGACUAGAACGCACUUCAACUUCUAAAGUGUUUAAAGUUUCUGAUUAUGACAUCAGCGACAAUACUGAUUACUUUCCACCAAUACGUAUUAGCGAUUUACGUGUAAUUGAAGUAUCUUAUGAAAACCAAACAGUUACAUUAACCUGGACAGCACCUGGAGGUGAUUUGGACCACGGAACAGCCGAGGGAUAUGAUUUACGUUACAGCCACAGCUACAAUGAAUUAUUUGAUACAUUCGAACAGGCAACUCCAGUUGAUGAUUCUAACGUUGUUGAAGGACGCUCUCUAUCUGACCCCCAGUCGUCUGGUGAAACAGAAACCAUACAGAUAACAGUGCCCUCACAUGGCGAUAAAGUAUUUUACCUUUUUGCAUUGAGGGCUUAUGACGACGCCGGUAACUAUAGUAGCGUGUCCAAUAUUGUGUCCGCCAACCUCGAGUUCAUCGAUGAUAUUGACGAAGAACCGAACGAAUCAAUGAACAUCGGUGUAUUAAUAGUAAUCGUCUUGUUAGCAUCAAUGAUCGCGGUCGUAGCGGGCGUUGUCGUCAUCAUCUCAAAGAAGAAUGUCCUCAAGAAAAAGAAAGUUGGCGUUGAAAAAGAGGGCGAUCGUCUACCCAUACAGGACUUGAAAUUACAGGAAAACGUAGUAUGA